AUGAGCGCCUCUUUCAGGCUCUGGGGCCUCAGCAGUGUCAGCACACCAGCCCUCCCCAACCUCAAGGCCAUCAAGAGCAUUUACUGGCCCCCUUGCUCGCAAGAGGAAAGCAGGCUGAGGAGGUUUGGGUCACUGGUCCAGCUGGUACAGCCGGCCUCCCAGGGCCCCCUCCCCCUGGAUAAACCAGAUCAGUUGCCCCCCACCUUCCUCCAGGGUAGAAACGGGGAGUCUGCUGCCUCGAAUGUUCAGGGCCAAGCUCCAAGCCUCCCGGCCCCCAGCGUAGAGCCCCAGCCCCUGGCGUGGCCACACCAUGACACAGGAGCGACUCAGGAGCCCCUGAGAGUUUCGAGGGGUAACCUGGGAAACCCAUGGAGCAGUGAGAGUGGGUUGCUGAGCCUGCGACAGUCCAGCCAGGGGAAAUGGAAGGAAAGUGACACCAGCCUGUUGAGCAGCGGGUACGCAGGCGAUGAGGAGAACAGUGAGGUCAGCCUGGUGGCCAACACUCCAAACUUAAGGUUGCCGAGAAGGCUCCACACCCAGGCAGGCAGCGCCCCAAGCAGCCAGCUGUGCACCAUCUACUCGCCCAGCCAAAUCAGAAGCCGGGUGGCCAGCCAAGCCUGCGGCAGCAGGCAGGCUGGAGAGGAAAAGCGAGGCCAGCCUGCCCAGCAGCAG